AUGGUGCUCAUACAAUGUCAUUUUGCCCCUCCCGAUUUCUGCUUUGCCAGGUCUCCUGCCUACAGCCUUGUCCUGCUGCCCUUGAGCCAAGCCAUCAUGCCUAGGGGCCACAAAAGUAAGGGCCGGUCUCGUACCAAACGUCAAAAUGUACAGAAGAGUCAAAGUCUGCAUGACGCUCUGCCCACUGAAAAGGAGGAAGCAACAUCUGUUGGUCAAGGCGAUCCCCCCAGCUCCCCUGGUACCGACACUCCCCAGAAUACUCAGGCAGUUGUAGCCUCUGUUUCUGAUGAUUCAAGUGUGUUCUCAGGUGCUGUAGGUGGUGAAGCUUCUGUUUUUGUUACUGAGAGACGUUUACGUGUCUCUCUGUUUGCCUCUUCCAUGUUUUCUGAGCGCAAAGAUCCUCUCAAUCGGAAGGCAGGUGUAUUGCUGGAGUUCAUGCUGGAGAAGUUUAAAGCAAAAGAGCCCUUUACAGAGGAAGCUAUGUUGAGAGUGAUUAACAAGAAGUACAAGGUGCACUUCACUGAGAUCAUUAGAAGAAUCUCUGUGCGCCUGGAGCUUGUCUUUGGCCUCGAGUUAAAGAAAGUUGAUCCCCGUUCUCAGUCUUAUAUGCUCAUGGGCAAGCUGGGUCUCUCUACUGAGGGACAUCUGAGUGGUGGUGGUGGGUUGCCCAAGACAGGGCUCCUGAUGACCCUCUUGGCUGUGAUCUUCAUGAAUGGAAACAUUUCCAGUGAGGAGGAUAUCUGGGAUUUCCUGAGCAUGGUAGGGAUAUAUCCUGGAAGGAAUCAUCCAAUCUUUGGGGAACCUAAGAAGUUCAUCACAGAAGAUCUGGUGGCAGAAAAUUACCUGCAAUACCACCCAGUGUAUGGCACUGAUCCCCAAAAAUAUGUGUUCAUGUGGGGUUACAGAGCCCAUACUGAAACCACCAAGAUGAAAGUCCUGGAAGUUUUAGCUAAAAUCAAUGAUGAUGUUCCUAGUUCUUUCCCUGCUCUGUAUGAGGAGGCUCUGCUUGAUGAGGCUAAUAGAGCAGCAAGGAGAGUUACAGCUGUGCCUGGCAAUGUCAAUCCCAGGCCUCAUUUCCGGUUCAUAGCCUACAGUUCCUCCCACAAGUAG